AUGUAUAAUCCACGUAAAUUGAGUAUCAUUGUCUAUGUUGGAGCCGUAGCUAUGCUUUUUGGUGGUCUAUUUACUUAUAUUUCCAACCAAGUUAUGAUGCGGAGUUGUGAAAAUAUAUUUAUGAUAGAUCUUGGAUUGAUGGGACUUCUUGCUCUUACACUUGCUACAGCUUUGCUAAAAGUAAACGAUCUAGCUACAACUUCAACAACUCAGGCUUCCGGUCUUACUGCUCUAGCUGUCAUUAUAUCUGCUGCAUCGCCCGCAAUAUUGGCCAGAUUAGUCAUAGCCUUUUUUUCAAGCGCCGUUAAUUCUUCGUUAGGAUUUUUUGUACCAGUAUCAAUCGCUAUCGCGGGCUUUGUUUCCGUAGCAGCUAUUUCUAUCUAUGUGGCUGUUAAGCAAAAUCGUCGUAUCUAUUCUGACGAUAAUGAAUAUUCGCUAGUUCAAACUCCAUUCAAUAAAGCGGUACUUUUCUGGGCGAUGAUAGUAACUAGUCUAGCUAUUUUUGGGCUAUCUGUUGCUAUAUUUAUGGAACGGUGGUAUCUAUAUCACGUUGUCACGGCUAAUUUCCAUGCUAUUAUGCUUUUCGCUACUGGAAUUCUAGGCCUCAUUGCUCACAAAAAACAAGUUGUUGAUUUGGGUGUCUGGACUAAAACUUUUACUAACUUUACUGCUGGAAUCAGUGCUGCAUCGACUAUUGCUAUGGUUCAAACUCUCGUCCGCUAUGCUAACCAACCGGGAGAUACGAAAUGGGAACGAUUCGAUUUUACAAUUUUAACACUUUGCCAAACUCUAUUUACCUUCAUUGGAUUGAUCCUAUCCUCCGUUGCGAUCGUAGCUACCGAUAACGUCCUAAAUAAAGCGCCAAAACUUACUAAAUCGUCAGAUAUUGAUACUAUGAAUGUCGGUAUGUUGGUCUCCGCAUCAGUUGCAGGAGCUGUUGCAAUCUUUAAUAUGGCAAUUAUGAAUUAUCCUGUUUACGGAUUUCCACCUGUAGUUGUAGCUAUCAUGGUUAUUGUAACAGCUAAACACGGAAUUGAUAUCCAAACUACAGAUAACGGGAUAGCGGAGAUCUCACAACCAUAA